CGCCCGCGAGACGUCAUCAGCGCGCGCCGCGGGCACGAGGAGCAGCGCAUGUGUGUGUGAGUUGACGCGUGUGUGUGAGGGAGAUCAGUGGCAGCACGUGAAGAUCAACACACACAGAAAUGGCACCGAUACAAGCAGCAGAAAUCAUCUUCGCACAGAAGCUCGCGUCCAACGAGAAGCCCGAGAGGAGCAAAGCCUUGCUGAAGCUGAGGAAGUACAUCCGUGUGCGCUCGGGGAGAGCCCAGGGGGGUUUUGGUGAGGAUGAGCUGAUGAAGAUCUGGAAGGGUUUGUUCUACUGUGUGUGGAUGCAGGACAUGCCGCUUCUACAGGAGGAACUGUCCACUAAGAUCUCCAGGCUCCUCCACAGCUUUCAGACCCUCGACAGCCAGCUGCUGUUCUUCAAGGCGUUCCUGCAGACCAUGAAGAGAGAGUGGACCGGCAUCGACCGGCUCCGCAUGGACAAGUUCUUCCAGCUGGUCCGCUUCGUGUUCCGGGAAGUGUUCGAGAUGCUGAAGAGACGCCAGUGGGAGUCCAGUGUGCUGGCCGAGUUCCUGCAGCUGUUCUCGGCUCAGCUCCUGCACGGCUCCGGCUCGGCUCCGGCUGGGCUCGUCCUGCAUGUGCUGGACCUCUACACCGCUGAGCUGGCCCGCGUCGGCUCCGCACAGCUGACAGCCGAGCAGAACCUGACCUUCAUCGAGCCGUUCUGCAAGUCCAUGGCCAAGACCAAAGAUCGGGUCCUGCUGAAGGCCAUCGGCAGCAAUGUGUUCGACACCAUUGUAGAUCAGGUUCCUUUCGCCAUCGAGGAUCUUCUCCGGGAGAUUCGUCAGGCUAAAGGGGAAGAGCUGGACGCUAGUGGCGGAUCUGAGACCAGCACAGAGCGGAAGACUAAACCCCGCUCUAAGAAGAGAACCGAGGAUGCGCAGGAUAACGGUGGGAAUGAGAACGUGUUGAAAUUCGACUAUGGUGCAAUAGCUGACAAACUUUUCGAGGUGGCCAGUAACUCAAACAUACCAAGCUUUAACCGAUCCAAGAUUUACAAGUUUGUCAAAAUUUUCCGGGACUUGAGCGAAGGCCUGUUCCCUCAGGAUAAGGUGGAGGACGUGUCCACUGAUGAAGAAGACUAUAGCGAAAACAGACGGAGGAAAAACAGAAAGAAACUAGCAAAAAAAGGGCAGACGGCGGACACCAACCAGAAAAACAAGAAAGGCAAGAAGAAAAAGAGAAAGAACGGUAGUUUGAAGAGUGUUGAGGGCGAGGCGGAUCAGCAGACGCCGGUAGAGUCCACGGACCCGGAUCUAACCCAGUCUAACGCUGAUCGAGACGGGGAAGACAAGCCUGGCGAGCUGAAGGCCGGAGACGCAGACGUGGACUCUCUCUCAGCCGGUGUGGAGGACCAGCGGGACUCACAGGAGACACCUAUUGCCUCGCGGAAAACACUGAUCAAGAGGAAGAAGAAGCAGAGGGACCCAGCCGUAGUCGAGCCGGAGCCCAGCGCCAAUGGAGACGCCCAUCAGGAGCUCCAGGUCCCAGCACUCUCGACGGCUGGCAACAUGAUGAAGAAGAAGCUGAAGAAGAACCCAGCCGCAGUCGAGCCGGAGCCCAGCGCCAAUGGAGACGCCCAUCAGGAGCUCCAGGUCCCAGCACUCUCGACGGCUGGCAACAUGAUGAAGAAGAAGCUGAAGAAGAACCCAGCCGCAGUCGAGCCGGAGCCCAGCGCCAAUGGAGACGCCCAUCAGGAGCUCCAGGUCCCAGCACUCUCGACGGCUGGCAACAUGAUGAAGAAGAAGCUGAAGAAAAACCCAGCCGCAGUCGAGCCGGAGCCCAGCGCCAAUGGAGACCCUCACCAGGAGCUCCAGGUUCCAGCACUCUCGACGGCUGGCAACAUAAAGAAGAAGAAGCAGAAGCAGAAGUCCGGCCCUGCUGAGCAGAUCCAACCAGGGAAGAAGAGGAGGGUGAAGGAUGAAGAUGUGCAGGUGAACGGACAGGCGGGCGAGACCGGCGGCAAGAGACUGAAGCUCACCAGUGAGGCUGGAGAACACCAGCUCAAACCCCGGCAGUUCGUGCUCCGGCAGAAGAAAGCGCCCGCGCCGCUCUUCUGUAAAGCUGCGGGAUACAUGCUCAGCAAAAAGAUUUUGCCGAAGAAAGUCAGAUUUGGCCUCAAGAAUAAUAAAACCAUGGAGUUCAGGAAGAGUGACCGCAGCUCGCGGGUGGGCGUGGCCAGCCAGGCCCGCGUGCCCUUUGACCCCCAGAGGACCCCGAAGACCAGCGUGUUGAAGUCGCCCUCGCCGUCACCCGCCGGCACCAGGAGAGCCACGGCCGCGGACUUCUUUUAAAAUAAAGAUCUUUCUUCUCUGUGAA